AUGGGGAAGAUGACGACCAUCCCAGUGAAAGUAAAGCAUAAUGGGAAAAAUUAUGAUGUAUCUAUGAAUCUUGAGGGUACAGGCCUGGAUUUCAAGCGUGCCAUUGCUGACGUCACGCAUGUGCCACCCGAACGCCAAAAAGUACUCAUCAAGGGAGGAUUGCUAAAAGACGAUACCCCAUUAGGCAAAGUGGGUGCGCGCGCGGGUCAGCAGUUCAUGGUGCUGGGUGCUGUGGGUGAGCUGCCCAAGGCCCCAGAAAAGCCUGUGCAGUUCCUGGAGGAUUUGCCGGAAGAUGAGCUCAGCAAGGCUAAGGAUCUACGCGUGGGUCUUGUGAACCUUGGUAACACCUGCUACUUGAAUGCUACGCUCCAGCUGUUAAGAGCCAUUCCUCAACUUGAAGAUGCUCUGAACUCAUUUCCAGGCCGCAUCGGCUCGAACCAGGGCGAUGCUAGUUUUACAGCCGCGCUGCGUGAUCUGUUUCAGGACAUGCGGAAAACCACCGAGCCAGUGCCGCCAUUGGUGCUGCUCUCGACGCUGCGCAAAAUUGCUCCACAGUUUGCAGAGAUGUCGAGCACGUCUGGUGGAUUCGCACAACAGGAUGCGGAGGAGGCAUGGCUUCAAAUCAUCCAGGCCUUGGCAUCGUCUCGUGUUGCUGUAACGCCGUCCGAGCCACUCGUGGCACAGUACCUGACUGGUCACAUGUCCAUUGAGAGACGCUGCAAAGAGGCCCCGAACGAAACACCCGCACAGCUAGAUGAGCCGUUCCAGAUACUGCAGUGUACGAUUUCUAGCCAAACAAACGACAUGGAGUCCGGCAUUUUGGACUCGUUCUCGCAAAAGCUGGAGAAGCAUUCAGAGCAGCUACAGCGCACAGCAGUAUACGAUGAAACUCGCCGCAUCACCCGCCUUUCUGAAUACUUGUUUGUGCACUUUGUGCGGUUCUAUUGGCGCCGCGACAUUAACAAAAAGACCAAGAUUAUGCGAAAAGUCAAGUUUCCUAAGGAACUAGAUGCCAGCUCGCUUGUGACGCCAGAACUAGCCCGUCGAUUAUCACCUGUCAGUGCCAAGAUACGCGCUGUUGAGAAAGAACGGGCCGAUCGAGCCAAAAUCCGUGCGCGCGCCAAGGAACGGCACCUGGAAUUGGGCGCCGUGGAGGGCGGUGCUUUAACAGAUGAGCAGGAGCGUGAGCAGCGAUCGAAGGAAGCGGCCGACAUUCAAGCUACUAUCGAUCCUGAUUUGUCCAGUGAUCAUGGCUGCAAUGUCAGUGGCCUGUACGACCUAGUGGGUAUUGUGACGCACAAGGGCGCUGCAGCCGAUGCCGGUCAUUACAUGUCAUGGGUGCGUAAAUCGGCUGUGGAUCCGCCGUCGGACUCGCUAGAUGCGCCAUCGCAGGACUGGUACAAAUUCGACGAUGAUAAGGUGACGAUUGUACCGCCUGAGAAGAUCGAGAUGUUGUACGGUGGCGGCGAAGAUUCGGUGGCCUAUAUCUUGUUGUACCGCGCCAAGUCCCUAUCAUAA